AGAAAACAACUAGAAAAAUUGUAGCAUAAAUAUUGAUAUUGAAUUCUUAGGGAAUUUGUUUCCACUGUACUUGAUACAACUGCUUUACAAUGAUGGAAAUGGACAAUGGAGAUUCUGGUGGAAAUCAGCAAAAUAAACCAGCCGAGACGAAGUCUCCAUACUCGAUGCCAGGCAUUCUACACUUUAUACAGCAUGAAUGGUCAAGGUUUGAAAUGGAACGCGCACAAUGGGACGUGGAGAGAGCUGAGUUGCAGGCACGCAUUGCGUUUCUGCAAGGUGAAAGAAAAGGGCAGGAGAAUUUAAAAAGAGAUUUAAUUCGAAGAAUCAAAAUGUUAGAAUUUGCUCUAAAGCAAGAAAGAGCCAAAGUGCACAAGCUCAAAUUUGGAACAGACAUUAGCAUGGAACAAAAGCAUAAUGAGACUAACGAGGAAUCAAAAACGAAUGAAAUGCAAACAACAAACGCUCAUAUGUCGUGGCGUCAUGGCAGGCAACUUCUGCGACAAUACUUGCAAGAGGUUGGCUACAGCGAGACAAUCCUGGAUGUUCGGUCUCAAAGAGUCCGUGCUCUGCUCGGCAAUAACUAUGAGGUGCCGAAACCAACUGAAAACGACAAUCAAGUAGUAAAUGGAGAUCUAUCAGAUGAAGAAGUACAGCAAAAGUCAGCAGGUUUUGUUUUAGCCAGUCACGGUUCAGGAAAAUCAACUGAAAACAUCUUUAAGGAUUUUAACUUCCUAAACGCAGCAGACAACGAUGAAGAUGAAGAUGUUAGCAUGCAGGAAGAGGACACAACAGAUGGAGGGGAUCAACAGCGAAAAUCAAGAGCUAAAGAUGACUUUGAUGAGGUGGAUGGUUUCGGUGACGCAGAGAUGGCUCUUGCUGAGUUUGACUUUCUUAAUCCACCUGACAGUGAACCAGAUGAUAUGAAAUUGGAUUGGUCAGUUGAUCAGAACAAACUAAAUGCGAUGAAGGAACAGUUUCGACAGGAGAAGAGACAGACAAAGAAAAAGGAACUAAAACGCCCUAUAAAGAAAGAUCUUCAAAAUAUGCUUGACACUCUACGUGGGUCUGAACUCAACCGUGCAACUGAGGAUGUGGACAUUCAUAUUCCAGAUGAAGAAAACCUCCCCUUUACUGUAGGAGGGACACAUAUUGGAGAUGAAUCUAUUGAAAACGCUCUCGGUCUUGGGGCCCUCGCUGGAUUGACAGUCGCUAAUGAAGCUGACCCUCUGUCUUACGAUAUCUCAGCCACCAAAGAAUCGUACCGGAAGACAUGGAAUCCAAAAUACACGCUCCGGAGUCACUUUGAUGGCAUCCGAGCGAUCAGGUUCCUCCCUAAUGAGUCCUCCGUGAUCACCGCAUCUGAGGAUCACACCAUGAAGCUCUGGAACCUCAAUAAACCUCUUCCAAGCAAGAAGACACAAGCGUUGGAUGUUGAACCUAUCUAUAGCUUUAGAGGACACUCUGGUGCUGUUCUCAGCCUGGAAAUUGAUACUGAGGGGAGUUCAUGUUUUAGUGGAGGUUUAGAUUCCACUGUUAGAGUAUGGAGUAUACCAAGUGUGGAAAUAGACGCUUAUGAUACUUAUGAUCCAUCCGUCUCCCAAAAGAUCCUCGUCGGACACACGGAUGCGGUUUGGUCUCUCUCCUACUCCGGCACUCGUCAGCAAUUAUUGUCUGCAUCAUCUGAUUGUUCAGUGAGGUUGUGGAACCCAACAUCAGCUGAUCCUCUCGUGCAAACAUACACUACUGAUGGCACACCGACAUCUGUCUGUUUCGUUCAUUGCGACUCCAACCAUGUAGUAGUAUCCCACACUGAUGGGAAAGUGAAUUUGUACGAUCUUGAAACUGGACAAAUAUCUCUCGUCCUUACAGAGGGAGAUGGAAGUAGCAUCAACUGUGUUGUGAGCCAUCCAACAAUGCCUGUUACCAUGACGGCACACGAUGAUAAACACAUUAAAUUCUAUGACAACACAUCAGGCAAACUAAUUCACUCUAUGGUGGCCCAUCUGGAUUCAGUGACCAGUUUAUCUGUUGAUCCUAAUGGUCUAUACUUGUUGUCUGGAAGUCAUGACAGUUCAAUUCGUUUAUGGAACCUGGAUAGCAAGACCUGUAUUCAGGAGCUUACUUCUCAUAGGAAAAAGUUUGACGAAUCAAUUUACUCUGUGGCAUUCCAUCCUAGUGCCACGUAUAUUGCGAGUGCAGGAGCGGAUGCCUUGGCCAAGGUUUUCGUUUAAUAUUCACGUGAUUACUGCUCGUGAAGUAAUUUUCGUGAAACAAUGCUCAUGAAAUCUUUUUCGUGAGACACUGCUCAUGAAGUCACUUUCGUGAAACACUGCUCAUGAAGUCACUUUCGUGAAACACAGCUCAUGAAGUAUCUUUUGUGAGACCUUACGAAAAGACUCUAUUUUCAGCGAGUGGUACUUUUUCACAUAAUUUCUGGCUCACGAACUUACAUGAUAAAGCAUUUGAUUGCAAGAAUCACGUGAUCAUAUUAUUAGUUUGAGCUUUUGGGUAACCACCCCAAAAAUCAUGUAAGGCUAGAUUUGAUAUUUAACAGCUAUGCUGUGUAUUUUUAAGCGCAUAUGGCAGCCUGCACCAUUAAUGCAGAGAUUGGAUUAUCAACUCAAAACGUACACUGUUGUACCCACAUGCUAAUAAUGCAGUCUAUAAUUGUGCGCCCACAUCGGUUUCCAACACCUGGUGACAUGUACUCAAAAAUCCAUGCGAUUGUGAAAUAAUUCUCCUAAAUUUGUACUUUUUGCACCGAUCGUUUUUUGGUGCGUUUUCAGUUUGACGGUGUAACAAACCUGUUGUUCGCGUUACACUACAGUGUUGUUUUCUCUUAGUUGGUUCAAAGAAUUUUUUUGAAGCAGUUUCAUAAAAGUUCUGGUUUUACAUGUACAAUUCAAGUGGCAACAAAACUCGUUUUUUUUUCUCUGAAAGUGAUUUUUCAAAAACGCUCCCCAAUAAUCAGUUAAAUUAGCCUGGCUUUUUGUAGCCUCAGCAUAUAUAAGGUUCUCAAAUAUAUCCUUGCUUACAUAGUUGGGAGUUGUUUAAAUUUGAUUUGGCUGUAUAUCUGUUUUUAAAUCUCACAAAAAUUCAUGGUUUUUCAACGUUUUCUACGUUUUACAAAAAAAAUCAGUUUCUGUCUGCAGUUAUUUCAGGCCGAAAAGCAUUUACUUUAUUGAAACCUUUAUAUGUGCUUGCGUAAUGUCAUACUACUGCCGUUUUGCUGCAUUGGUGUCUAAUGUAACAAGAAGAAAUUUUAUUUGGUCGUCAAAACCUUGCUGCACGGUUUUGAAGUAUUAGUAUUGUGGCUUUUGAGAUAAUAAAUGGUAUAUGUCACU